UGCUUCUGCUUUGUGAGCUCGAUGCGCAGGAAGAAGAUCUGCUUCCAGUCCAAAAUCCACGCUGAUUAGUGUUGAUAUUCUAAUCUUAUUAUUAUUAUUAUUACUAUUAUUAUUUAAUUGUUUUACCAUUUUAAAGCAGACAAAGUGGAGCGCGGUCGCUCCGUAUUGUGUAAAGUGCCUGAUAAGUGCGGUUAAAGGGGGUUAAAGAGAGAGACCGAGGUGAGAGAGGGAGUGCGUCCUUGUCAGUAUGGAUGAGAAUGAGCAGAGAGUGAGAGGAGACGCUCGGCGUUCGGGAGACACCGAGGUGCUGACAGCUCCGUCCCCGGAACACGCGCCUCCUUCUCAGCCUCCUCCUCCUCCUCCACCGCCGCCGCCGCCGCCACCGCCGCCUCCUCAUCGCGUCACCAACUUCUUCAUCGACAACAUUCUGCGCCCGGAUUUCGGACGCAAAAAGACAGAGGAAAGUGCGCUGAGACGGAGUGAGAGAGACACGGGACAGCCGGGGGACGUCGGACAGGUGGGACAGGUGUCCACGGAGAGCACGUCCACACCGCACGCCGGGAAGAAAGCCGACACGGUGACAGACGACGAGCCGGUGAAAGUGCACGGAGAAAACCAGGAGCAGUGCCUGAGCUCGGACUCGGAGCUUUCACAACCGAACUCGUCCACUUUAACCCAGAACCAGCCCAUGCUGUGGCCCGCCUGGGUUUACUGCACGCGCUACUCGGACAGACCCUCGGCAGCCACGCCCACCGCAGGUCCCCGAACCCGCAGACCAAAGAAGAAGUGCAGCAGCAAGGAGGACAAGCGUCCGCGUACCGCCUUCACGGCCGAGCAGCUGCAGCGCCUGAAGGAAGAGUUCCAGUCCAACCGCUACCUGACGGAGCAGCGGCGCCAGAGCCUGGCCAAUGAGCUGGGCCUUAACGAGUCACAGAUCAAAAUCUGGUUCCAGAACAAACGGGCCAAGAUUAAAAAGGCUUCAGGAAUCAAGAACACGCUGGCGCUGCACCUGAUGGCCCAGGGCCUGUAUAACCACGCUACCACCACCAAGGACGACAAAUCAGACAGCGACUGA